AUGAGGGCCAAUUUCGCCCGUCAUGGGCGGCGCCUCCUGGUCUAUCGCACGAGAGCGCCAACCUGCUCUCUCCUGACCCCUUCGCCUUCUGCGAGACGCUUGCCGCAAGCAGUGCCGACGGUGUGCCCGCGAUUCGAGCGAACCUUUUUCAACGUCCUCUUCAAAAAGCCGCCCCGCGAGAUUCGACAGCCCGAGUACGAGCCCGGAUGGAUGCAGAUCAUGGUCUGGCGCAGCCGCAUGCUCGACAACCUGCGGCCGCAGCCGCGGCGCGAGCUCAUGGAAGCCUGGCGCCGCCUCAUGCAGGCCAAGCUCAAGUCGCGCGUGCCGCUCAACAGCACGCAGGCCCUGCAGUGCCGCCGCCUGCUCGACUACCUCUGCGACCAGCGCAUCAGCCUCCAGGAAGACCAGAACGUCAAGCCCCUGUCGGCGGCCGACCUCGCCAUGGCGCGCCAGGUGCUUCUCGAGAUUGAGCCGAGCGAAACGACGCAGCACCAUGUCGACUUUGCGCGCGCUCUGUACAAGGCGUGGAUGGAGGGCGACUUUGCGCAGAAGCCGCGCGCGGUGGAGCUGCAGUGGACAUAUCUCGUCCGGGCGCUUUCACUGUACGGCGGCGGAGUCGAGGCCAAGGAGAUGCUGUAUGAGAAGUGGGACAUGACUGAGUACGCCAUCUACCUGACGCAGGACGAUCAAUUACUCGAAGCCGUGGCGCGCGCCCUAGCUAGAGAGGGUAGGGAAGCCGAGCUUUUGGAGCUGGCUGACCAUGCGCAAACUUACGGCAUCGCUCUCGAUGCUAGUCUACAGUCGGUCAUUGUACAAUACUUUGCCGGCCGCGACCGAAUCGAGGAAACAAAGGCCUGGUUCGCCAAACGCAUUGAGCAACCACAGUGCCACCCAGAUACCUACCGCGCCGUCGCUUCUUUUGCGAGGCGCAACAAGCUACAAGAAUGGGCAAUGCCCUACUUUAUAGAGCUGGGCGAGUCUGCUCCCAGAAAACGCUACUGGGAUGUCUUGCUGCAGUCGAUGCUGCUGAUGGGCCGCAGCCUAUCCCAGGUCGGGACCAUGAUGGACCACAUGGUCGACCGCGGCGGUGACAUCAAGCCUACUAUCAACACAAUCAACGGCCUCCUCUACGUGGCUGUCGAGCUCAAAGACUAUCAGCUUGGCCAGGAGGUUCUGCAGCUUGGCGACGACAAAGGUAUCAAGAUGAAUGGCGAGAGCUACAUCCACAUGCUGCGUCUCUGCAUCGAAGCCAAGGACUUUGACCGGGCACACCAUGCCUACGAGCAAGUCAAAUAUCUCGAGCCCUGGGGCAGCGACUCCAAAUCCGACCUGCAGCCUCAAUUCGGGCGGCUCGUGAACCACUACCUCAUCACACUCGCAAAGCAAACACCUCCCAGCUUCCCCCUCAUCCUCUCCAUCCUCAACUCGGUCGAGGAGCUCGGCCUCCGCCUCGAGCCCGCCACCGUCUCCGCCCUGUGCCUGCGCUUCCUCGAAAACGACCAGCACUUUGACGUCAUGGACAUUCUCUCCAUCAACACCUUUCUCUUCAGCGAGGCCGAGCGCGCCGUCGUGCAAUCGGCCUUUGUCCAGUUCUGCCUAGACCCCAGGACGAGCACGUCGCGUGCCUGGGGCGGCUACCAGCUGCUGCAGCAGUUCUUCGAGGACACGAGCCCCGAGCGGCGCACGCAGCUAAUGGCGGCCUUUUUCGCGCGCAAGCGACCCGACAUGGCGGCGCACGUGUUUGGCCACAUGCGCCAGCACCGCAGCAAGUCGAUGCACCCGCGCAUGGAGACGUACAUUGCCUGCCUCGAGGGGCUGACGCGCUGCCCGGACCUCGCCGGGCUCGAGAUGGUGCACAACAUGCUCAAGAUGGACACGACGGUGCAGACCAACACGGCGCUGCAGACGGGCCUCAUGAUGGCCUUUGCGGCGUGCGACAAGCCGCUCCGGGCGCUUGACUUUUGGACGCAGAUUACGCAGUCGCGCGAGGGCCCGUCGUACGCGACGCUGGAAGCCGUGUUUUGGACCCUGGAGCGCAAGCCCGGCGGCUACAAGAUGGCGCGCGAGAUCUGGGACCGCAUAGAGCGCAUGGACCUCGAGGUCUCGCCGCGGGUGUACAAUGCGUACAUUGGCGCCGUCGCGGGCGCCGGCUCCGAGACGGAGAUUCGCGCGCUGAUUGUGAAGAUGCCCUCUGUGGUCGGGGUCGAGCCCGAGCCGAUGACGAUUGGCAUCGCGUACAACGCCCUCCCUGGACGUGAACUGCAAAACGAGUUCCAGACUUGGGCGAAGCUGCGGUACAAGCAGCAGUGGGAGGAGAUUAUGAAGGUCGGCCGCAAGAUGAAUGAGUAUUCCAUGUGCCAGUUCAAAAUCGACCGCAACAUGCGAGCAGAGGUUUGA